AUGGUAUACAAUUCGUUGACCGAGGCCCCUCAGAACCUCAAGGAGGCCAUUGACUGGUUGAUGGCCUUGAAGGGAGAUGAUGCUAAAAUAAACGUAGCAGCAUUGGGUGCCGCACUCUUCAGUUUCCUGGCAGACAAAACAGUUGACAAGAUGGAGACGCCGGCCCUCGAAGAAGUUAAACAUGUUACUAAAAAGUUCCUGGAUCAACCGGAGCUUAGGAACCAGUGGUUCGUAGGAGGGCUGGUUAAGCGGUACAACGACCUUAUUAAUAAAUCACCUGGAGGGUUAGCUAAGUACUUUCGGGUUGUUGACGAAUCCGAUGAGAACGUCGUAAAGGGCAAGGGUAUCACUGCUGGAGCCAUUGUGGAGAACCUUGGCAAAGUUGUUCAUGGUACCGAGAUAUUCUUGGAUGAUAUUAAAAGCCCAGGCGAAUACGAGUCUGCUUACAGUUCAGAGGCUACGUGGAGUAAAUCAUGUACCCAAAAGCCGGAAGAUUGCGCAGCUGUCUUCGUGGGUAUUGCGCCCAUGUUGUACGCAGGUGUACGUUCUCUGCACUAUGCGAGUAUAGCCGACACCUUAAAUUGGGCACCGUCAACGGAGCAGGAGCUUAGUUUGCGGAAGAUAUUGAAAGCCCUGGGUUAUGUAGAGCCGGAAUGCCGUGCUGGCAUGGGUGGGUUUGAUGUCGCCAAGGCGUUGAGAGGUCUAUAUUUACGAACACUGAUAACGCUAUGCGACUUCACAGGAUUCUGGGCUUUCUAUGGAUCGAAUAAUCCAGAUUUGGGAGCUGGUAAACAUGGCAACUAUUCUUUAUCGGGAGUUGAUUUUGACGUUAACAUGAAGCCCAUAGACGCUUCCAUGAAGAUAGGAUUCCGCUGA